AUGCCUUCCUACAGUAACCCAACUCCCGACUUGGAACGGGGCGAAGCGCAAUAUGAGCUUAGGCCACAAAGUGACAUGGCCAAAGCACUCGCAAUCCGCCGUGACAUUGAGACGCAGCUCAAGUACGCCGCAGCAAAGCAAGCGGAGCUCGGUCUCGCCCAACAAGCUCUUCUCAACUCGAUCACCUCAAGCGACGACCAACAACAGCGCCGUCAUAUCGACUCGAUUGGCGGAAACAUCAUGGCCUGCUUUGGCUCCGCUCGAAACAUGCUAGCCGAGUUAAAAAGAACCACAGGCUCCGAAAACCCGCAAAUCCAAGAGCAAAUCCACUAUGUCGGCGAGAAGAUCAGGCAAGAUAUCGAAGUAUACAGGGUCGCCCAAAAUGAUUUUGAUCGACAAAUGCGAUCGCAAGUGCGCCGGAGAUAUCAAAUCGCCCACGAAGAUGCCUCGCCGGAAGAAAUCGACCAGGGCGUAGAGAAUGUCAUUAUGGGCCAAGAUCAGGUGUUCUCGAUCCAGGGAAUGCGAAGUCAACAGGCUAGCGAUGCUCGCGAUGCUGUGAUGCAGAGAUCAGCGGCGAUUCGCAAGAUUGAGCAGGAUUUGAUCGCUCUUGCUGAGAUAUCGCAGGAAGUUGCCAAUUUGGUUAAUCAGCAAGAGUAUGCUGUGACGGAGAUUAAGAGGGCGGUUGAUGAGACGCAUGAACACGUCCACGAAGCCAAUCACUUGUUAGACAAGGGUAUUGUUAGUGCGCGCAACGUUAGGAAAUGGAAAUGGUGGGCGCUUGGUAUUUGCUUGUUGAUCAUCGUGAUCAUUGUUGUUGUAAUCAUAAUCUUGAAGAAACUUAAUCUUAUUUAG